GGAACGUCAUUGUUCAUUCAUAAAUGUCAGACCCAACAAGGGAAUUGCGUAUUUUGAUUGCAUGAAAUAAUAAAAAAUAUUACAAAUCACAUUUGUAAAUGUGUAAAUAUUGUGUGAACUAUUUCAAUGCUACUAUUAUUGUUAUUCAGUGUUGGGUUUUAGUGUAGUGUGACACGCUAAUUCAUUUAAUGAAUAAUGUGUAAACGAAAAACGAAUUAUUGUUAUAGAAUUUUGUUAUAAUCUCGAAAACGACUCCGAUAAGUGGUGUAAUUAUAUUUUAUUCUAUCAGACAUGGUAGUUCGCUGGCCGAAUCGCCCAUCGUUCAAAUAAUACAAAAGCAAUGGGUCAACAGACAUCCAGAAAAAGCGCGGAGUGCACGUGCGGCUGCGGCGCGUGGGAGCGGCGGCGCUACGCGGACUCGCCCAGCAGCGUGCACCGCUACGUCAGCGCCGUCACCGACAGGUGGGCGGGCGGCGGCGACUGCGCGUGUCGGCGGCGGCGCUGGCGGCGCGGCGGCUGCGUGUGCACGGCCUACCGCCGCGUGCCCGACGACAGAUUGGCAGCGGUGCUGACCCUCGGCGCGCGUGACCUCAGACGCGAAUUGGACGCCAUCGUCAUAAAUGCAGACAGCGACAGCGGCCGAGAGAGCGGCGAGCCGGCCGCGGAGGUGUACGUGCUGUCGGUGGCGCCGCGGACGGCGGAGGGCGAGAGUCCGCAGGCCGGGCGCGGCUCGGAGCUGGUGCAGCCGUCGGACGGCUCCAUACGCUUCCAUCCGCAUUUCCAGGUGGUGUGCGGCGGCGAGCUGCGUGCGCUGCUGCUGCGAGGUCCAGCGCUGCCGGUGCAGCAGCAACUGCAGCUGCAGCAGCUGCAGCCGCCGCCCACUAAGGUCCACACGCAGGUGGACUACAUCCACUGCCUGGUGCCUGAUCUGCAGCAGAUCACGGCGUGCUCGUUCUACUGGGGCAAGAUGGACCGCUACGAGGCCGAGCGGCUCUUAGACAACAAGCCGGAAGGCACGUUCCUGCUGCGCGACAGCGCGCAGGAGGAGCACCUGUUCUCGGUGUCGUUCCGCAAGUACGGGCGCUCGCUGCACGCGCGCAUCGAGCACUACCAGCACCGCUUCAGCUUCGACUCGCACGACCCCGCCGUCUUCGCCGCCUCCACCGUCACCGGCCUCAUCGAGCACUACAAGGACCCGGCGUGCGUGAUGUUCUUCGAGCCGAUGCUGACGGCGCCGCUGCCGCGCUGCGAACCCUUCAGCCUGCAGCAGCUGGCGCGCGCGCUCAUCGUCUCGCACACCACCUACGACGGUGUGGAGAAGCUGCCCCUGCCGGCUCGCAUGCGCGCCUACCUCAAGGAGUACCACUACAGGCAGCGGGUGCGCGUGCGCCGCCUCGAGCCGGACCUGUACGAGCCGCACCACUGCUGAGUAACGUAAAUGAAUAAAUGAAUAUAUACACAUACAAACACACAUCACUCGACACCGUAGUGAUAAUGGCGGCCGUCUGAUCACGUCACGUUGUUUUCAAUACCUUAAAAGCACAGCCGAGGAGUUUGUACCUGAAUAGGUGGAGAUGAAGGAAGAAAAAUAAAUACGUUCAUUAUUGAGACCAGUUAUUGUACAGUGUAUGAAAUAUUUGGUUAAAAUACAAGGAUUUUUAUAUAUUCUUUAUAGCACUAAAACAUACAGUAACAACAAUAAGUUAAUGACAAUGUUAGCAAAGGCGAACUUGUCUCUAAAAGAGAUCUCUUCCAGUCAACCUAACGCAGUGGCGUAGGAAGUAGUGAGUGGGCAGUAGUAGUGCAAGACAGAAAUUUAAAUAAAUAUUUACAUUAUGUACGAAAUAGAGUAAUCUUUAUCUUAUCAAGUUGUUUACUGAAACAAAAUGGGGUUUUUGAGAUCACUUAUUUUCUUUGGUAUAUCAUGUCACGUGUCAGCUAUAUAGUGAAUACCAUUUUAGCGCCAUCUAGUUCCAAACUGGGGUACUAUUACGAUGUAAUAAUUGAAAAAAAAAAGCGAAAAUAUUUUUAAAUAGAACGUUUAUUACCAACAACAAUAAUAAUAAAUAAUAAUUAAAGUUAAAAUAAACAGUAAUAAAGAAAGAGAGAGAGAGAAAAAGUCACUACAUUUUGCCAGUAAUAGGGUUUUAUAUCAAUAAAUUACUUGAUAAAUAGAUUUUUCUAUUUUUCCUUCUAACACAUGUAUUUAUUCUAUACAAUAACUGCCUCUCUACGUAAGUGGAAAGCGAAUUCAUCGAUGGAAUAAACAUCGCUGGCGAGUUCGUGAGGUUAAAUGAGAUAGCAACGUCUUACGUCUCUUUCUAACUCAAGGACACUCCAUCGACGUCGAUUCCACGAUGGAUUUGCUAGUCACUUGAGGGCCAUGGGCUGUUAAGGUAUUUUUUUUUCAUAUUUGAUAUAGAAAUAUGGGUAUUUUAAACAAAUAACGAUAUGUCAUGGCGUGUGGACGCGUGUGGCCGCCUGUUAACUCUUAGCAAUAAUUGAAAGAACUGUUAAAAAUAUAAUAUGUUUUUAUACAAAUCAUAUAAAGGUUGGAUACCUAUGUAUGGUAAUGUUAAUUAAGUAUUGCAAUUCAAAGAAUAUAAAACUAAUUACAUCCUGUAUAAGAAACGGUUAUAUUUUCUCUUUAAAAGAGUCCUUUGUAAACUGUCGUUGAGAAGAAAAUUGUUUUAAUUAUGACAAGCAAUAUACAGGGUGGAAGGGACAGGUUGGCCACGAAAACAGCUGAUAAGAAACGGUUAUAUUUUCUCUUUAAAAGAGUCCUUUGUAAACUGUCGUUGAGAAGAAAAUUGUUUUAAUUAUGACAAGCAAUAUACAGGGUGGAAGGGACAGGUUGGCCACGAAAACAGCUGAUCCAGAUGAACGGUCUGAAUCAGAUUGGCAGAUUGUUCUCCCGCCGGUAAUGCACCGCAGCCGUAUAAUUAGCGAUACUCAGUGUCGACGCCGCGCAAUGUACUUGCAAUAUUACGAUGGCCGCGAGGCGCGAUACUCGUGCGUACAGCGCGCGGUCAGCGGUCAGUGCCGCCUCCUAGUACGUAGUGUCGUACGCUCGUGGCGUUCACCUCGCACAGCUGACUGCGCGCGUCGCGGUAGCAUUUUAAUACGUGUAUUGCAUUGUUGUUUUUUGGUAUUUCAUAGUGUUACGCUAUAUUAUGACAUAUCAUAGAUUACAUGAUUUUAAAUGAAAAAAAAUUUAAAUUUUUCGUAAAGUUUUCACUCGUUUUCAGUGCAGUACAAUAGUCUGAAUUCAUUUGUUGCCAACCUCACCCUUACACCCUGUAUACAUGGUGUCUAUAGUUUAACCAUAAGAAUGAAUACACUGCGGUAGAAGUGACACCUACAUAUGCUGUUACUCCCAAUAUAUAUAUAUCCCCAACACAGUUUUUUUUUAAUAGAUGAAAAUGGAAUGGUAACCGCCCGCGCUAUCGGUAUACACCGACGAGGCACCAGUGACAGAUGAUAGGUGAGAAUGAAUGCAGGUCAGUUGGCCCACCAUGAUGAAUUCGACAAGAAUUAAACAUGAUGGUUUCCAGGGGGAACCGCGUGGAGGUCAACCUGAGAGGGUCAAUUGCUAGCAACGGGGCUAUUAGACCUCAUUACUAACAAUCCCUUUCCCCCCUUCCCAAACACAGUUAGGUGAAAUACAAUAUCUUAGGUUAGGAGAGAGGUUUGGAGUAAUGCCGCCUCGCAGCCGAGCCUUUUGCUAUUUCACACGAGUGUAAGUCGUAACUGGAUAUUUGUUCUUAUGGUGAGACAGCACUCUUGACUAAUUAUAAUUACGUAUACACAAAUUAAACUUAAUUCCCAUUAUAUUAUUUUGUAAAUAUCGAUUUUUAUACGAAAUGAACAAUGUUUGUUUUAUUUAAGUGUUCGUAAAGUGUAAAUUAUCAAGAAGCGGAAUAGCCGAAUGAAGGUUACAGUCUUUGAUGGAAUGCAUAUUUCCCCUUACAAGAUUUGUUUGUACAAAAAUAAUAAAAAAAUAAAUAAAAAAACUAAUUCCAAUCGUGUAAGUUUAGAAUAUUUCACAAGGUCGUCAUAUUAGCUUAUAACUGGCCACUGGUGAACACAGGCUUCAACAAUAAUAGGUCUUGCCAGUAGUCGCCACGAUUGGCAGGCGAGUUGGCAACAGGGUUUGGGCUUGGUGACGUUUUGAUAUCACUGCGAAUAAAAAUUAUUUCACUAAAAUUAUAAUAUAAUAAAAUGUAGCAGUAAUUUGCAUGCCUACACUCGUGGCAAUCAAGUUGUUUUGAUUUAAAAACCAAACCAUAAGCCGAUUGUAAUGAAAUUUCCACGGAACCAUUCUGAAGGUAUAUCCUUUCAGAUAAGAAAAAAGUUUUUUUCCAAAUCGGUAUAUUAAUGAUGAAGUUUUGAGCUGAGUUUAAGAGAAGUAAUUUAACCAAGGCGAUUUUCGUGAACGCGUAUAGGUCGACCCGGUUAUCCCCCCCUCAUUCAAUUCCCAUCCUCCCCACAAAAGAUUUCCUAAUUUAUUAAUUGUCCCUUCAAAACGCAUUAAUACUGUAAUCUUUAUUCAGGUAUACAUACAUUAGGCAUGGGUAAUAUACAUACCGAUCCGAUAUCUAUAUAUUGGGUGCCUCUGGACACUGAUGGAUAAAAGCUCAUCACCCAUUCCGAUAUCGUCCAUAUCGGUCGGAUAUCUAUUUUCGAAUAUAUUAAAAGUCUGUUCUCCAAUGUUAUUUUUUAGUUAACACACUUUUAACAUAUUCGUUAUUGGACCGAUACAUAGAUAUUGCAACUGAAAUAUAUAGUUAUUGCAAAUAUAUAUAUAUAUACUUAGCUGUAUAUUACCCAUUGCCUAGUAAAGACUUUUUGUUAAUUAUCGGGUCAAUAAAAGUAUUUUGUUUUUUAUUUUAUAAGUUCCCAAUCGUUGCUUAAAACGUCAAUUAAAUUAAUUUUUUUUAUUGGAAAAGUUAUUCAACCCCAAGAUUCUUAAUCUAUGCUAAAGUUUUGAUUUAUUACAUUACACAGUAAAAUAAUUUAUUUAAAAUACACUAUUGGGACUUAAGGGGGCGUUCAAGUAUUAGGUAACGCUAUUUUGGGGGUCUUGUGAAACGUUACGAUGCGUUACAAGAGCGGGAGGGAGGCUCUCUCAACGCGUUACUCAACAUUGGUUUUUUUUAAGGGAUUAAAAUCUUCCAUUCUGGCAACACUUUUCGUUUAUGCUUUACGGGAUAUCCCUUCGACUGUAUUGUACGUCAUUUUUUAGUUUAUUUUUGUUGUCAGUAUUCGCUACGUUUACGGAUUUAAAGAAAAAUGUUACGGCGCGGUAUAUGAGGGGGCGGGAGGGUCAAAGAUUUUCAAAUAAGCGUUACGUAAUAUUUGAACGUUCCCUAACGCGACGCGACUGCAAGUAAGUAACACUUACAUACUCGACGUUUCGCCGUGGAUUGGACCAAGUCGUGGUCAGUUCACCUGCAUUCGUGUCGUGUUACGUCCUAAUCAUCGUAACAUAGACCCUCUCCAUGGACUGCCAUAAGGAAUGGGAGCAUUCCUCAUGGCAGUUUACUAUUGUGGGGAUUUGCCAGUAGUAAUAGCACGGUAAAGUAUUACAGUAUCUAUGUACUGUAUCUAUAUAUCGGCCCGUAACGGAUAUUACAUUAAAAAUCGUCAAUUCAAUAUACAAUAUUGAAAUGAAAAGACCGAUAGAAAUGACUACAGAUAUCCGAUCGGUAUGGGCGAUAUCAAAAUCGGUUAUGACCUCUCCGUCAUCAAUAUCCUUGGAACCCAAUAUAUAGAUACCGGUCCGGUAUAGAUAUCGCUCACGUCUACUCAAAGGCGUUCAGUAUUUAUGUGAGUCGAAAAUACUCAAGGAAAUUACAGUUUUUUUUAAUAUUUUUUUUGUCCGCCAUGAUGACUAGUCGUAAUGUUUUUCUGCCCUAUAUUUUCAUGCAUUUAGCACAAUUUAUAAAGAAUCUACGUAUGGCAUCUUAUCAGCUGUUAACAGGCCACUGUCCACUGUUGGACAUAGGCCUCCCAUAUAUGGGUUUUCCAGUAGUUGCCACGUUUAGCAGACGGACUAUCAACCGCAGGCUUUGGUGAUGUGUUAAUAGGCACGCUGCUGCCAUCUAUGCCCUCUAGGCUCUAUCUAUGCAUAUUUUUGUUUAUAAAAAAGAAAAAUCAAUUAAAUAAUUUCUCACAAAGUCCUAAAUAUGUAUUAAAUUUAAUUUCAAAGCCCAUUUUUUCUUUUAUCUAUCUUUUUAAGGUCUCUACUUACACUCAAUACAGUAUUUUUAAUUGAUAAAUAAUAAAUAAAUAUAAUUGAUUAUUUUUAAAUUUGAAUUUUGAGAUUUGAGUGUUUACUAAUUGUGCUAAGUGUAGAAUCAAAAAAAUAUCUUUUUUUUUUAUUUUAUUUUAUUAUGUUUUUACUUGAUGACAGAUUUAAAUGUAAUUAAUUUCUACUUAUUUUUUAUUUUUUUUUUACUCGCUUUUUUUUUCUAUUUCAAUAUGGCGACCGUCUGGGAAUUUAAUGAUGUUAAAACAGGCCUGUAGAACUACUGUAUUAUAUAGAUAAACUAUGUAUCAUAUUGUAUAAAUUAUAUGAAUCGUAUGUACAAAUUAUAGUGAAAUAAAAACAUAUAUUUUAAUGUA